CAAUUUUGUACGCUAACAUCGUCGCAACAAGCACACAUAGUAGCAACAUGAUCACUAAGGUGGCGUUGGUCCUCUGCUUCAGCAUCUCGCUGUCCGUUGCCGCACCCGGUGACAUCUAUGGCGGUCUCAGUUUACAUGCGCCGGCCAUCACAUACGCAGCACCCAAGAUCCUUGCCGCCGCACCAGCCAUCAGUCAGCAGGUGAUACACGCACCAGCACCAGCUCUUAUCGCUCAAGCCGCUCCCACUUACUAUGCACAAGCCGCGCCCACCAUUAUCAAAGCUGCUCCAGCUGUUGCCGUCGCCAAGGUAAUCGAACCCGAGCCAUAUGAUCCGAAUCCACAAUACAGCUUCGCAUAUGGUGUAACCGAUCAUCAUACCGGCGACUCGAAAGCGGCUGAAGAAUCACUCGUUAAUGGCGUCGUGCACGGCAGUUACUCGUUGACCGAACCAGACGGUUCGAUACGCAAGGUCACCUACACCGCAGACAAAAUUAACGGUUUCAAUGCUGUGGUUGAGAAGCAAGGUGGCCCCGCACCAAUAGCCGUAGUGGCCAAACCAGCUGUCGCCGUUGCCGCUGUGCCUACCAUCACUAAGGUCGCAUACGCUGCGCCCGCCAUCGCCAAGGUGGCGUACGCUGCACCGGCCCUUACGUAUGGUCACCAUUAAGUGUGUCUACGAUAACCUCACAUUCGUGUCGAGGUUAUUGAGCGUUAUUUAUCAUAAUUGUUUCGUGUUGUUGACCGGGCUGCUGAUCUAUGGACAUAUGACUUCUGAACCGAACAAAGGAACUUACAUAUUACAGAAAUAUAUAUAUCUACAUAUAUAUAUAUAUAUAUAUAUAAACAUAUAUUAAUAACUAAACAAUUUACUUGUUAACUUGUGAAUACACUUAUAGUCUUAGCAGAGCGCUCGUCUGCAUGCGGAAACAACCAAGUCAACUCAAACUUCUUAGCUACAAUUAUAAAGACAAACAAACACACACAAUUGCGAUCGCGCGCAUAACUCGCGAUCAUCCUCGCCCAUUAAGCGACGUCGCGCUGAGCGCCACCACGCGUAACUCAUAACGGGAGUCACGUCAUAGUUCGCUAGCAACAACAUCGGCUGCGGCUGCUUCUGUCGACACAAAGCUGUGAGUGUGCGUACCAGUAUUGGCGACGUAGUUGUUAUGUACAAGUAUACUCGUAUGUCGUUGCAUGCUUCACCCAAGCAUCAUUCUCAUUCAUCUCAACUAUUGUGCAUCUCUAAUCAGUUCUUUAUUAGCAAUAUUGAAUAUUAUAAUUAAUUUUAUUUUAAUUUUUGUAUUUGUUUUUUCGUUCAUUGUAUAUAUGUAAAUAUACCUGGAGAGCAAUGUGCCAGCGAUUUCCAGUUUGAACGCAUGCACACACACUGGAAUAGUGAGUGUGUGUACACAGUGUGGUACAAGUAUUUAUGUGCGUGUAUUGGAAAUUGCGGCAAAGAGUCUCGUGUAUUAGCUUGUGCACUUACUGAAAUAAAGAAUUCAGUACAAAAACACUAAAUUCCAGACAUUUUAUUCAACUAUUUAUACGAUUAUU